AUGCCAUUCUUCGGCAUCGUGACCAAUGUGAUGAUGCUGAACAGCAUCAGCAUCCUGUCCUCCAUCUUCCAGGUGGCCGCUCAGUGCAUUGCGAGGGAGACGAAGCAAUUCAUAGUGCCCCCAAUCAUCUCAUUAGUCCUCAUAGUGUCAGGCUACGUGCUCUUCAUCCUCAGUUACCUGCUGUUGAAGGAAGAUAGGGGGAUGAAUGUCUGGAUCGGACUGGCAAUAGUGGGGACCAUCUUUGUCUCGCUGAACUGGUGGGAGAACUACAGCACCCUCUUCAAAAGCUCCUUCCUGAACAGUAUAUGCGAAGACAUAGCGAGAUCCAGGAAUGUGGUGAGCAUCCUCUCCAGUCUGGUCCGGAUUCUUGUCACUGCAGCCGUGGUGGGGGCAUACGUCCCUCUGUCUGGCAGAGUCUGGUCAUCUGUGACAUCAGUUCCAGGGGAUGUGGGGUUGGUGAUCCUGAUCUUGGUGACCAUCCUCCGCUCUGUGCCAUUGAAUUCAAGUGACCCCAGAGGUGCUAACUACACCAUCACAGAGUACUGCCAUGACAUCACAUAUGGCAGGGGCCUAAGCAGCGAUACUGUCUGGUUUGAGAGGCUAGUCAGGGACAUCACCCAUACCCUCUGUCCCCAGGACAUGACCGACCUAACAGAAAUGGGCCUCUUGGGAGGCUCUGCACUCUGCUGGUUGUUGGGUUGGAUUCUGUGCACAAUGCACAUCUGGUUCCUCCAGCUUCAGCGCAUCGAGAGGACACAGAAUCUGUUUGUGCGGAGGAUGUACGAGGGGGCCUUUCUGGAACAGUCCAUGCUGCUCAACACGCGUUUUGAGAUUCAGAGGAAGAAAAAAUUGCUGGACAAAUACAGGCCAAGGAAUAACUCCAACGAUGAUGUGAGCUUCGAGUCUCACAUUUACGUUGAUGAUGCUUUUAAAGACGUGAAAGGUAGUAAAGAACGGCAUGUGAACAAAUACGCAGAGGACCUGGUGGACGUUAUCCGAGUUGUUUACAAUAUCUUCAAUGAGGAGGAUUCAUCCAUCUUCAAAGAGAGCCCACCCCUUCCAUGCCAGAGGAUCCUGCACACCCCUUACGGAGGUCGACUGGAGUACACCCUCCCUAAGGGCAACCUGCUGAUGGUGCACUUUAAGGACAAGCUACUGAUCCGCCACAAGAAGAGAUGGUCUCAGAUUAUGUACUUGUACUACAUUCUCGGCUGGCGACUCACCAGGAAGUAUUUCAAGAAGUUUGAUCAGGGUGAAGAUGAGAGCGAGCUGAGGGAAAAGAUGAUGAAAGAGAAGGACAAUACCUAUCUACUGGCUUUGGAUGGGGACACCGACUUCCAGCCCUCUGCUGUAAUGCUCCUAAUAGAUCGACUGAAACGUUAUCCACGUGUGGGUGCGGCAUGUGGGAGGAUUCACCCAACAGGCACAGGUCCUAUGGUAUGGUAUCAGAAGUUUGAGUACGCGGUGGGCCACUGGCUUCAGAAGACUGCAGAGCACGUGUUUGGUAGCGUGCUCUGCAGCCCCGGCUGCUUCAGUCUGUUCAGGGGUGCAGCCCUCAUGGACGACAACGUCAUGAAGAGAUACACCACUAAGGCCACGGAGGCUAGCCACUACAUACAGUAUGAUCAAGGUGAAGACCGCUGGCUGUGCACUCUCCUUCUGCAGCAGGGCUGGAGGGUGGAGAACAAUGCUGCGUCUGACGCCUACACCAACGCCCCCCAGGACUUCAAGGAGUUCUAUAACCAGAGGCGGCGCUGGGGGCCCUCCACCAUGGCCAACACCAUCGAUCUGCUGGGCUCAGGGUCUCUGACCUCCCAGAGGAACAGCUCUAUCUCCAAACCCUUCAUCCUCUACCAGAUUCUCAGCAUGGCCGCCUCCAUUCUAGGCCCGGCUACAAUCUGCCUAAUGAUCUCAGGAAGCUUGUCAUUCAUCCUAGACAUCAAUCCCAACGUUGCUUUGGUCCUUGCAACAGUGCCCCCUGUGGUGUACCUGUUGGUCUGCUUCAAGCUGAAAUCGGACACACAGAUCGCCAUAGCAGCUGUCAUGAGUCUCUUGUACGCUUUCCUCAUGAUAGGAACGGCAUUGUCCAUCAUAGGUGCUAUGGUUGAGCAGCAAACCAUUUGGACUCCUAGCGGCCUGUUUAUCAUAAGCCUGGUGCUGAUGAACAUCAUCACAGCAGCAUUCCACCCCAAGGAGUUCCAUCUGGUCGUCUACGGCCUCCUCUACUUCAUCUCAAUCCCCAGUGGCUACCUCCUGCUGACCAUCUACUCCAUGGUCAACAUGAACAAUGUGUCCUGGGGCACUCGGGAGACAGGUGUCCAAGUCGCUGCGCCACCAACCAAGGCCAUCACACAGCGCAUCCUACAGGCCAAGUGCUGCAAGUUUCUCUGCUGGGACAGUGGCAAAGUAGCAGACCAGAAUGGUCAGGUGCCAGAAACUGUUGUGUUGGCUAAUGAGCCAAAGGUGAACCCUAAUCUGAUCUCUCAAGACAAUAGCAGGUAUUUACAUUUUGAGUGUCUGGAGUCCUAUGGUCAAAUGGAAUAA